AUGUGUUUCGUCAAUCUUGCACGACACAUCACACUUGAGGACCUUCAAACAAUUGAAUGGCGACCAAGUAAACUACUAAGCAUCGUGCACUCACCGUUGAAGGAAGUGCAGGGCAGUGCGAAAGGGAAUCUGGAUAGCAAGGCUAUAUGUCUAGACCCGGGAGAUACUGAAAACUUUCUUCAUGGGAACGAUGAGUCUAAUGGGCUGGUCGUGCGGACAUGGGAAAGUCUUCUCACAUGGGGCCUUGAUGAAGCCACUACUGCGUCCAGUGGAAAUCGGAAUUGUAGCUGCUCAAAGGAACAGAUCCUCAGACUCGAGCUUCAAGCAGCACACGAUACGCAGACGGACUGCAACCACACUGAGCGUGUGGCAAAAUUUCGUGAAACAGUUUCCGAGAUCCUAAUUCAACAUCUUCGACGGGCAUCAGGCAGCGAGCCACCUCCUAAGCGUCUCACGAGGCUCCGGAUGGAGAAGUACAACGAUGAACUAGCCAGGGAACAACUGUUUCGAGAGGAAGCUGCCGCACUCUUUCCGCUUGUCACAACUCAAGUCGAUGACAACGUACAUCAACUACCAGAACCACUGGUAGAGAACACAGACCUGCAAAUGAUGAACAGCCAUUCAUCACCUGCCUCGGGUCCAAUGCCAAGUGCAGAAUCCUCGUCUUCUCAUCGUCACGAACGAGAGAGCACAGCAGGCGCUCUCACAUCGCAAGCAAGCAAUGACACCGACACAGUGAUAAGGGUGAGAGAAAGCAGACAGAUAAGCUACGAGGAGCUUGAUUCAGGAAACCAACUUCAGAGUCUUCAAGCCUCGAAAAUUCUCCAAUCUCAUGUUAACCGCGAGAUCCAAGCUAGAAUUACCGAGAUGCAGGCUGGGAUGGAAGAGAGCUUUUCUAAAUGGAUGGACGAGAAGGGACUUCGCUGGAUGCAGGCUGUGAAAGACACGUGCAUGUCAGAACUCCAUCAGAGCAUUCAAACCAGGAGCCUCACAUUUGAACAGGAUGUAACCAAUCUCUCAGCUGUCCAGAGUUCGCAGAGCGGCAGGCUUGCGACCAUUGAGGACUUUAUGCCCCGUUUGCAGACUGGCCUUGACGAUGUAAGGAAUCAGACCGCUUCCUUGGCGCCAGGAUUUGACAAGCUACAACACGAUCAACACUAUGUGCAUGACCAAGUGCAAAAGCUUGUGGUCGAAAUGGGCGGUCUCCAGGCUGAAUUCUGUCGUCAGACAAAACAGGUGGAACGUGACCAGCAGCAGAUGGAGAUAGCACUUACGCAAAGAGUCUCCCAAGCUGUUCUGCAGGAUGUUACGCGCAUUGUGGACUCCCUUCGCAACAGUACAGAAUCAGAUGCGAUAACGCGACAAAAGUAUGUAGACAAAGUCCAAGACCAAACGAACCAGGCGAUGGCACAAAUUCAUCAAGCAGACCUCGAUAGGCAUAGGGCCAUGCAAUUGAAGGCAACAAAAGUCCGAGCCAGACAUGACGCUGAGAUACUAUAUCUGAAGCUCAUGGCCGAGGGAAAGGCAAAGGACAUGAUGCAGAGACUAGACAAUAUCGAAACCACAAACAACUCCCUCAAGGCAGAGCUAGAAGGACAGUCAGAAAAGGUGGACCUAGUCGCCAACGAGCUGAACGAGCGCAUAGAGAGGGCAAAUGAGUCCACUAAAGCAGAUCUUCGAACCGAAUUCGGCAGCAGCCAAGAGAGAUACCACAUGCAGAUCACCGACGGAACUGCGGUAACUAUACAAGCAAUAGAGGAUCGGCUCAGGUGCCUCGAACACGCGAAAGGUGCUACGGAAAGUGAUCUAGAGGAGAGAAUCGCGGAGCAGCUGCAAUCCUUCAAGCUAGAGACGGCACAAAAGAUGGGACACAUGGAGAAUAUGUGUCACCGAAAGGUCACGACAUUAGCCAAAGAGACAGAAAGACAGCUGGAGGAGCUUCGACCAUUGGUGCCCACGACCGAAGCACUAUCUGGAAAGAUCCAUGCGUUACAGAAGACUGCCGAAGAGCAAGCACAAGAACUAGAACUUAUCAAAGCUCAGUCGCAAGCCUAUAUACUCCAAGCGGGCGAGAUCAAGGAGCUCAGAGCCGACGGGAGGCUCUUGGAAGAAAGACUUAUGGCGCCACUGGCAAAAGCCGAGAAAGCAGAACACUUGACCCAAGAGACUUUGCUGAAUCAAUCAAACAGAAUCCGGCGGCUAGAAACAACACUCAACGACUUACAGAACUUCAGCGCUAAGAGAUCGAACCCAGAGACCCUGUUAGAAAACCGAGACGCGGGAAGUACCGAAAACGCCUUACUUCUCCAAGUGACAAGAAAACCACCGGACGACGUUCCGGAAGCGGUUCAGGUGCAAUUGGAUCAGACUCAAAAGGACAUCCAACUUUUGCGAGAGAACUUGAGCGGAAGACAUGACGAAGUUACCCACUCAUUAGAAAGCUUCAAGCAUCAGACCAGCGUGCAGUGGAUAAGUGCAGAAAAACGUCUGGCCGAUCUUGCGACUGGAAUGUCGGCCGUCAAGCGGGAUCUACACAGCAAAGCAGCCGUAGUUGACCCAAUCCUGAGACACUUACAGGACGAUGUUAAAAAGAAUGGGGACACUUCAGAGACGUUACGAGCAUGGAUCGCUUCCCAGGCUUCCGGGUGGGAUGAGCUCCGAGACCAGUCAGAAAAGCGUGCGCUGCUUGGCGCACAGAUGGAGAAGCUAGCCAGACAAAUUGAUGAGUUGGAACGCAAACUGGAGAGUCAACAACGUCAGCACGAAAGUAUGCGAGACCAGAUGCAAGACCCAAAUCGAUUGGCCCUAAUCUCUCGUGAUCUAGUUGAAGUCAAGCAGGAAGUUCAAGGGGUUGAGAGCCAUUGGCAGGACGAGAUCAACACAAGACUGAGUGCUGUUGAAGGCAAUGUGGAAGCGCUCAAGCGUGGUACCGAAGCGGCUCGCGAGAGAACGGAAAGCCUCAGCCAAGAUCUCAACCACGUACAACUUGAUGUAGAGCGCAGCUUCCGAAGCCAAACAAGCGCUCUGGAGGCCCUUUCAAGACAAACACAUGAUCGCAUGCAACAACUGAAAAAUGAAAUGGCACAUUCUACAUCGGCAGUCGACCAACUCCAAGAGCGACAAGCGGAAUCGUGGACCAUCAAAAAUGAGAUCUCAGAUACGGCAAGCAAUACUGCAACUACUAGGAAAAGGCCAGGUGGCCACCCACCAUUUGACGGUGCAACCCACGUUCCAAACAAGGAUGAUGAAAUCCUCAAACAGAAACAUUGCCAGAGCCGGCCGGUUUUGGAGAAAUGGGCCAUCCAGAAACUCGAAGAAAAAGACGCCGAGAUUACAUGCGUCAUCAGCUAUUACGAGAAGCAGCGGUCGAAGCACCUGCGACAAUGCCAGGCUUACUUUGACGAAACGAAAGCCAAAGUCCAGCGGCUCAAAGAUCAAGUCAGGCAAAUGAGUGGGGAUUUGAAGCAUGCAGCUCGAGAGAUCAAGGACAGGGACGACCUCAUUGCGUCCAUGUCCAAGGCCAGUGGCGACUUUUCCUUGAACAGAGAGAAGACUAAGGAUGAAAGCAGCCGAACCGAAAUGGAUUCUACACAGCCUUCGCACAGGAAGCAUAACAGGGCAAAGCCGACAAAUGAGGAAGUGUAUGCUGAAGCGGGCAUCGUAGAGGCUGAUCCUUACGUGGAGGAAAACAGUCAUGUCGCGACUGCGACCAAAGUACUGCCUGGAACAAGGGCGGUCAAGCACAAGGAGACAUCGCAAACAAGCUCUUCACGGACCAGGACCAAGAGGUCGAAGCGCGAAAACGAGCCUGGAGGGACUUCGUGUUCUGUGCCAGCGGGAAAAUGCACCGAGGACCCUCUGGAUACCAUCCCAAGCCUUGAUGACAACGUCGAUUAUCUCCAACCAGGGUUUGACGCCAACUCCAUCACUGUGAAAGAGUUGAAGAAAAUAUUCGUCACGCACGGAAUCAAGUUCGAUCAUAGCUCAAAGAAAAAAGCUCUCGUUGCUCUAUUCCAGAGAGAAAUCGAGCCCCGAGCUGGUGCUACGUUGAAGAAACGGGCGAAAAUCAAACGCUCGGCAGCGGGCAUCGUUGAUGUUAGAUAG